AUGAACAAUCCACUUGGGCGCUCUACAUAGAAACCAGAUCAACAGGCACAAAAUACCUAAAAGAAUAAUAGAGCAAAAGAAUUUGAGAAACAACUCCAAGAGGAAGAAAGAACCUAAUCUGCAGGAAUUGUUACUACACAAUAACCAACCCCUCAAUAAUAAUAAUAAUAGCCUGCUUAUUCGUAAUAACAACAACUUAAUUAAUAACCAUAAUCUGUAUUUGGAUAGAUAGGUUAGAUGUUGGAUGCCCCAAGAAAAUUAUUUUUUAGAAAUACCACAACUUAGCAACAACCAAAUUAAUAAGGAUAAAGACAACCAACUGAUUAGAAUGAGCCUGAAAUUAUACAAACUAAUAUUGUGCAGACCUAUACAACUCGUGACAUUAAGAGUAUUGGACUAGAGAUUGUACAACCUGGAGAAAUCACAUUAUAGGAACUUAGAGGAAUAUGUUCUACUGGCACUCAAUAAUUUUAAGGAAUAUUUUUAGCAACUAAUUAUUAGAUUGUCUUUUUACCUGAUAAAUACCCAAAAGAUUUUAGAAAGGAUUAUUUUUAUAUUCCUUACACUCUAAUAAUUAAAGUAGAGAAGACUAUGGAUAGGAAACAAAAUGAUGCCAAUUUUAUUGAAAUAUCUUGUAAAGAUGGUAGAUGGUUCAAAUAUAGGUUUUUGAGGGAGCAGAAUGAUGAUUGCAAUAGCAUAUUUAAUGUUAUCAAUAAGAACGCAUUCACAUUAAAUAAAUAGACUUUAUUCGCAUUCACAUUUUACAAAGAAUUCUCAAAUUUAGAGAAUGAUUUUUAAGGAUGGAAGAUAUUUAAUAUAGAAAAGGAUUUCGAAAGAAUGGGCAUUAAUAUAUUAUAAGAAAAUUCACAAACUUAAAAUGGAUUAUUUAAAUAUCUAAAUAAUGAGAAUGGAAUCGUUUGCUCAACCUAUUAUAAUAGAUUAGUUGUACCUACAAAAGCGGAUUUAGAUUGUAUACAAAAAUCUGCUAAAUUCAGAUCUAAAGAGAGAAUACCAAUAUUAUCAUAUGCAUUCACAAUAAAUGGAAAAGUAAUCUCCAUGUGGAGAAGUUCCUAAUGCAGGACUGGAAUCGGAUAGAACAGAUCCACUGAGGAUGAAUGCUAUUUGAAAUAUAUGUCUCAAUACGAAGAGAAGGAAAUCCGAUUAAGGAUUUAUGAUGCAAGACCUCACAUAAAUGCUAUUGGAUAAUAGGUGGCUGGAAAAGGCUAUGAGAAUACUCUGUUUUAUAGAAGAUGUAGCAUAGACUUUUUGGAUAUUCACAAUAUACAUAAAGUAAGAGAUUCAUAAACCAAAUUUAUCUCAAUUCAAAUAAAUUUAAGCGAAAAUGUUCAAUUUCUAUCCUAGUUAGAAUAAUCAUAAUGGUAUGAUCACAUCGUGGCCAUCAUUAAAGGAUCUGCAAAAAUAGCAAUCACAAUGACUAAGGAGAAAAUCAAUGUAUUGGUUCAUUGUAGUGAUGGGUGGGAUAGAACUGCUUAAUUGACUGCCCUUGCCUCAAUUAUGAUCGAUUCGUAUUAUAGAACCAUUGAAGGAUUUAUGAUUCUUAUUUAAAAGGAAUGGAUCAAUAGUGGACAUCAAUUCUGUUAACGAUCUGCUAUUGGCAAUAAAUAAAAUAAUGAGGAUUCCAGAUCUCCCAUCUUCUUAUAAUUCUUAGACUGUGUAUAUUAGAUGUAGCAAUUGUAUCCAUUAUCUUUUGAAUUCAAUGGGAAACUACUGUUAGAUUUAGCUUAUCAUCAUUUAACUUCAUUAUUUGGAACAUUCUUAUGCGAUUCCUUUUUGGAAAUUCAAAAACAAAGAAUCAUGGAACAAACUGUAUCUAUAUGGUCUUGGAUUAUGAAACAAAAAGACAAGUAUAUCAAUGCUUACUAUAAAAAUCCAUAAUCAAUUGAUUAAGAUGUUGUUAUCCCAGAAUAAUUUACUGGCAAAUCAAUUACUUUCUGGAAAGAAUAUUUCCUCUAUUAUUCGUUAGAAUCGAAUGAUGCCUAUCAAAUACAUCCUCAAUGCCAAUACACUUGUGAUAAUCUAUAAGAAAUGUAUAAAGCUUUGUCCAAAGAAAAUCAUGUUUUAAGAUAGGCUUAGAAGGAUCAAGAGAAGUUAGCCAUUCUUCAUCAAUAGAAGUUUAAUUAAUUAAUGCAAAUCAUCUAAGAAACGUAGAAUGAAGAAAUUAUUGAAAAACUUCAGACAAUCAAACUUAUUUGAGAAAGAUUUUCAUGUUUAUAUAAUAAUCACAUAUUUACAUU